GAGCAAGGAUCUAAUUCUGGAUUUCACCCUAAUCAAAAAAGAUGUAAUUAAUUAAUCAGAUAAUUCACUGCCACGCAUGGCAGGACACACAUCUGUGCAGCGGUAAUGAGGAGGGAGACAGACAAGCUGAGCUGAGCAGCUCUACUUCUCCCCUGUAGCUGGCUCAUCAACAGUGCUGGAAUCCACUGUAAGUUUGAAAAAAAAAAAGCUGCAGCUCUUACAGUUACUUUGAUAACAUCUCUUGUACUCCAGACUUGCUUUUUUUAGCAUGUAAGUACAGUGCGAAGAGUCCAGAGGAAGUGAAGAUCUGAGGCGGGUCGAGGUAUCAGGGAUGACUUGAGGGAGGCAGUGCCUGUACAAGACAAACAUAAACUGUGCCACUUCAUCUGAAGACAAUGGGGGACAGGACACCAAGUGUGCUCUCAUCCACAUCUCCAUUGUCUGCCCACCUCUUUUACUCCUCCUCUGAGCACCGAGCAUAAGCGGGGUGAAAGGAGGAGGGGAAGGGAGKAGGACAGGGGAGCAGCAGGGGUGCAAGGGGGGGUCUGGCUGUGUUCUUUCUCCUCUGUCUGUGUGCGAAUGCACAGACGGUUCAGUAGUAAUUUGAUGUGUGUCCCAGGGGACAUUUGAUGGAUUAAAGCUAAGCAGCUCCAUUUCGCAGCACCACCUGAUCUUCCACUGCCUGUGCCCCAUAUAAAGGCUGGCGUGAUUGCUGAUCUCAGCUAGUCUGACAGUCUCUCCCUCUCUCCCUCCUUUCUCUGUCUGUCUCCAUCUCUUCUCUUCCUCACUGGUCUCUUAAGCCUGCUGCAUCACAGGAACUAUCCAGUGCUGAACAGGAUCGCUUUUAUUUUUUAUUUUUUUAUUUUUUUCCAGGGGAAGCUGGGGGAACCAGAGAGCAUCACCCAGCAUUGCCAUCAGGCUCGUUCACCACUGGUUUCCAUUUUUUUCCUCCUUGUCUUAUGUUUAUGACCACAUUAUCCACAAGGAUUACAGCCAAGCCAGCCCUGCUUGUGUGCAUCUUCAGAGGGUCUUUCCUUUUUUUUUUUCUCAUGCGUUUUUCUCAGCUCCGUGUUUUCACCCAUUGAAACAUGCCCCGCUCUUUUUUGGUGAAGAAAAUCAAGCUCGAUGAUUUCUCUUCGUCCAACGUGGUCACCUCCAACCAUCACCACCACCUGGACGACUCGUUUACUUUUACCCGCUCCAUCACAGACUCGGUGACCAGCCUUGGGGUUCGUCUCAGCGAGAAUGGAUACAUCCAGGAUUACAUCACGCCAUCUGUAUACCAGGGGGAGAAGAAGAUGGAGCAUAAGUUGGCCUCUCCGGUGUCAGACCCCCUUUACACCCAGGUGAACAGUGCAGGGGAGUACUGCGACCCUGACCUGAAGCACCCCGACAGCCCCCAGUCUGGCAUGACAGCCAGCGGCUUCUACACUGGUGAAUCGGAGGCCCUGGCCGAGGGUUACACCAUGGAUGCCUUCUUCAUCUCCGAUGGGCGCUCCAGGCGAAAAGGCGAGGGGGAGGCUCGUGGGGGAGGCUCGAGAAGCAGCAGCGCAAACGGCGGCGCCCAGGAGAGGGGCGCCGGCGUGCCUCGCCACACCUGCAACGAGUGCGGGAAGACGUACGCCACCUCCUCCAACCUGAGCCGACACAAGCAGACGCACCGCAGCCUGGACAGCAAGAUGGCCCGCAAGUGUCCCACCUGUAACAAAGUGUACGUGUCCAUGCCGGCACUGGCGAUGCACAUCCUCACCCACGACCUCAAGCACAAGUGCGACGUGUGCAGCAAGGCCUUCAGCCGACCCUGGCUGCUGCAAGGUCACAUGCGCUCACACACGGGGGAGAAGCCCUUCGCAUGCGCCCACUGUGGCAAAGCCUUUGCUGACCGUUCAAACCUCCGCGCCCACAUGCAAACACACUCUGCCUUCAAGCACUACAGAUGCAAGCGCUGCAAUAAGACCUUCGCUCUCAAGUCCUACCUGAACAAGCACUAUGAGUCAGCUUGCUUCAAGGGCUCCGCAGACGAGGACGACUCCGGAUCGGAAAACUAACCACAUGGAAGAAGCUAAAUCUCUGAACCCCUGUUGUAGGUUCACAACCAAUAACCAUGUUCACUCUGCCCUCCAUGCCUUUUUUCUUCCCUUUUUUUAGAAAGCAAUAUUUUCACUGAGAUUACGUGAAGAAACUUUACUGAUUAUGGCAAAGACAAUUUCAAAAGAUGCUGGAUUUYCCCCCCCUGCACAGUAGCUAAUCGUCCACAGAAACAUACAAUCAAACAACCUUCCUCAAAAUACAGACUGUAGAUGAUAGUUGUACACAAUUCAGCAACAUGUGCUCACGUGAUGGUGGGAACAUGAAAACACACACAUACUAACACACUGACACACACACACACACACACUCCAGUGUACAAACGUACGCACACUCACACUCACAAACACACAAUUAUAUAUGAGGCCUGGCAUGUGAAUUUUUAUCAAUGACUAUAAUAUUGAUAUCAAUAGUAAUAUUUAGAUUCCUGAUAUUUUAUAGGAAAUAGUAACAAGAAAAAGGAAAAAAAAAACAUAAAAAGGACUAACAGUGUUCUUUUGUUUUUUAGAGACAAAAUGACCUCUUGUAUUUUUAUGCUGCUUUUUAUUUGCUAAGAAUUGAAUUCUUUUGCAACUGCCAACAUAAACUUUUUACAAAAAUGUGAACUAUGACAGUAUUUGCAAAAAAAGAGAUCAUUUUAAAAAGGUAAAAAAAAAAAAAAAAACUCCGACCCCCAUUUUGUUCCACACUAAUGUUUCAGUUCAACGGAUGUUAUUUUUCUAUUUCAUUUUUCUAAAUUAAUUUUUGUGCUUAUUUUGUCUUGUUAAUUAAUAAGCACCUUUGUAACUGUGGGUACUUAAAACAGAGCUCAUCCUGAAUAAGCUAUAUAUAUAUAAAAAGAUCAUAAGUCAUUUAACACAACUCUGCAAGAGCGGUGAUUUUCAAAUGUUGGCCUGUUGACCGGGCAGUUUUACUCUCUUCAUCUGAUCCAACUCAUAAUGUCACCCUGAUGUUUAGACUCGGACAAAAAAAAACACCUGAAAGCCAGACCAAAUGAUUUAAUAAGUGCCAUGAGCAGUUCAUUCAUCUAUAGCAAACAAGCAAAAAAAAGAUCAACUCUUGUUCUUCCUUCACCAUGACGGCUUGCAUAAACCCUGCUGUCUUCAUGGUGCUUCAUCCGGUCUUAUUAAGUAAUCUUCACCAGUAUUUGAGGUGCUCCCCCCACCCCACCCCACCAGUAUUACCUCAGAGUGAAGGGUUAAACUCACACCCUCAGUUACAAAGUGACAGAUUUUUAUGUUUGUCUAUUUUCUAUGUCGCUCAAAGCUACACCCAUGAUUUAGAUGCAUUCCAUCUAUUUAUCAUGUAAAUACUUUAUUUAUCUUCCUAUUUAUUUAUUUAUCUAUUUAUUUAUUUAUUUAUCUUAUUUUGUGUAUUUAUCGAAUGCUUAUUUAUUUAUUAUUUAUUCUUUAAAUUGUUUUUUUAAUAUACAUCCAUUGACCUUGUAAGAUGCUGCUGAUCUUCAAAGAAAAUGUUUAUAUGCAUGAAAACUGUAGAGAGUCCGUGGGACUUAGUUUUUAAAGAGGAACAAUGUACAGAAGCGGCGCUAGAGGACUUCCAAUGAAUGAAUAAAUGCAGAAGUACCUUUUUUUUAGUUUUGAUGCAAUAACAUGACUGACAAAGCAAUUGACAUGUUAAAAACAAUCACAGCUGUUCUGUUUUGUUCAAGGCAAUAAAAAUUAAUAAUGAAAACAAAUCCCCCAAAUAAUACCGAGCAUUUUCUAAAAAAAAAAAAAAGACUAAUGCCUCCCCCCACCACUGAAACGUUUUAGCCCAUUUUUAUAGUCUUUAAAUCUCAGGCAAUAACUAAUUCUCAGAAGUGGUUUACAGUUUUGUGUAUGAACCCUGUUUUUAUUUAAACUCGGUACAAUUUGAAAGAAAGAACAGCAAYAAUAACGUUGCUAUUUGAAACUAAYWCAAGUGUUAMGUCACUUGGUAARAAAAACAACUCUCUAUCAUAAUUAUUAUUUUUAGCUUUAGCUUUUAAGAACAACUAAAAUAGAUUCUUAUUAAGUCAUAAAAUAACCAAGCCUUUAAAUACAGUAGAAUUGACUAUUUAUCUUCACUCUGUCAGAGCGGUUUAAACUCUCUGAGGUCGGGAAGGAAGUGGCUGUGCAUUCUCUUAAGCAGCACUAAUGAAAAUGAUCUUGGCAUGAACUUUACUGGCAAAGAGAGUUUUCAAGAUUGCUGUAAUAAAACGACUCGCAGCGACGCGCUUCCAACUCCUACUUCAUCUGUCCCGUAUCCCUCCCCUCCCAGCCAGCCGUCCUCCUCCCGUCCCAACUGCCUCCAAACAGACGCUGCGAGCAUUAGAUGUGCUGAAGUGGGAUUGUCGGAGGGUGGCGGCGUGUGGGAGGAUAACAGGUGUUUGUAGACAGACUGCAGAUAGGGAGCGUAAUUGAGUCGGUGAGCGACCUCCGAGGGGAAGGUCAAGCACCAGCAGGCAAAUGCACUGUCAGCGAUUUGCAUAUUCCAAAUAGAUGGUGCCGUGGCAGUCGCUCUGAAACACAAAACUACAAAAACUGGAGAGAAAAAGGAGAGCAGGUUUAUUUGUCCUUCCUCUCCUCUCUGUUCCACCAUCGUCCCUGUCUAGUGCUACAGCUGAAUCACUGCAUGAGAGCAUCCAAACCACCUGUCUAAUGAUUCACCCGCACAACGCACCGUUUGGAGCGUUGCUCGAUUGUUAAACAAAUGCAGAAAUUAUUGCUUCCAAAAGAUUCCCCUUAUUCGUUGUUUUUUUUUUUUCUCUUUUACUGAGUGGGAUGGCUAUCAUCCAUCUUCUAAAUCCGGGGGCUGUUUUAUUAUUACAGACGAAUGCACUGAAAUAAUAAAAAACACCUACUGUAAAUGUGCUGUAGAUGUAGUAUAACUAGCAGUAUUACAGAUCUACUUCAGCAAAAAAAAAGACUAAUUACAGAAAAGGAGGCACAACUUAAUUGUAAACUACAGCGCUUAGAUGUAGGGAAACAUUGUUCCUCUUUUGUAAAUAGAAUUGUAAAUAUAUCACAGCAAUAAUAUCACAAUGCAUGUAGACAUUUAAAUGCUCUUUUUCUAUUCAAGUCUUUUUUUAUAUAUUUAAAAAAAGACAAAAUACAGGUACCAAUUGCAGUCUGGGUGGCCACGCGAAUCAGGGAGUGUCUUGAUUAAGAAGCUAUCUGUUCUAAGUUCAAACAAAAACUUCCAACUCUGUGUUUCCUCAAAGAUCUGAUCCUGUUUAGUCUUUUUUUUUAUCUUCUUUUGCUUUUCUUUGUAUUUAUGUGCCCAGCUUGGCUGCGCAAUGAAAAAGUGCCAAAAAGUAUGAUUUCCAUGACAAAAGCCUUCAACAUAUGGUUGGCUGCUCGAAACCAUCCAUAUGGUCCUCAAAGAAAGGAAAAAAAAAACUGAUUAAGAUUUUCCACUUUCUUCCUCAUUCUGUCUCCUACUCUCUCUUUUAGUCUCUGUUCCAGCUGAGUAUGAAGAAACUUAAGCCAUGAUUGCUGAGGGGUGUUUUGAUUUUUCUUGUUCUGCUACAAUUAUUAAUGAUGACAACAAUAGCAAUGAUAACAAUAAUAAAAACAAUAGCACAAGGAA